AUGCCGGCGGCCCUGGACACAGGCCAGGAGGCUGGCCCGAGCAACACCGGCGACAAGGACAGGGACCUGCAGGUGCUGCUCCAGGAACUCUGCCAACUCCAGGCAAAGCGGAAGAAGCUGAAGAGAGAGGUCGAGAAGCACAAGGUUUUUGAAGACUAUCUGAUCAAGGUCCUUGAAAAAAUCCCCAAGGAUAUAGUCACUGUGCUAAGUGCUCUGGAGCUGCAAGAGCCCCAGGGAGUCUGCCCUGGAGGCUGCAACCGAGAGGAGGAGCCGGAGGAGGCCCCGGUGGAGGCCAUGGUGGAGGCCCCAGUGGAGGCCAUGGUGGAGGCCAUGGUGGAGCACUACGGGAAGCUCUUUGCAGUCAGCCAGGAUAUCCAGAAGCAUCUGGAGGCCUUCUUCAAGAUGAGCCAGGCCGUCCACCAGAGACUGGGGUCUCUAGAGGAAGGCCAUAGGGCUCUCACCCCGAGCCUCAAGAUCCGGCUGUGCCAGCUGCAGAAGAAGUGCCACCGCAAGCAGGAGCUGUGGUGGCAGCUGGAACACGGUGUCACCUACCAGAAAGACACGGACAGCUGUGAUAGCCAACUGCUCAACUACGUGCGAAUGGCCAUCGAUGACAUGGCCCAGCAGUGCUGCUCCUCUGCCCGCGGCAUGCCCAAGGGCAUGGGCCUCUUCUCCAAGCUCGACCUGAUCCAGGAAUUUAUGUUGGACAAAAUGGAGACUGUGCAAUUCAUCUCACGGCUCACGGGACCCAGAGUGUGCUGAACAGCAGACAACCCCAAGGACAGGGGUCUCAGGAGGUACCCCAGACCCUUCAGGAAACAGUCAAAGAGUCAAGAUUCCAUCCCCAGGACCCCCUUUCCCAGCAGGCUGACUUCAGAGUGCUCUAGCCUGCACUGA